ACCCUCCUCGAGUAUCUCCCCUUCUGGCUGAGACUUUGGUUCCGACCGCCUCACUCGCAGCCGCUAGCAUCCCUUCAUAACAUAAGUACCGUGUCUCUCGCUUGCGCGUCGGAUCAGACUGUCAUGAUACUCAAGUGAUUUUGGCCAUCGAUACGUUUUGUGUUCGUUCCCCUACGAGCAUGGGCCCUGGCCUUCCGGCAGAUGCCCACUUGAAGACAACGAGCUGCGCAUACCUAGUAGAUAACAGCUAUUCUCCACCUCGGCAUCCCUAAUCAUUGCCAUGGUCGUCGCUGUUAAGACCAAUGGCUACAGCUCCUAGCCAAUCACCCGCCCAUUCGGCCAACGCGCCUACCUCUGGCGCUGUGCGCCCCCCGAGUACCAACACAGCCGGUCCAUCACUAUCCGACUCGCCUGAUGCUCUGGCCCCGUCGUUUUCGGCGCCCAGUACGGCGGCAAAUGGCAUCAUCAAUGGCCUCCACACAGGCCUUGUAACCACCGUCGGAAGGGCCCCAACUCACCUUGAUGGCUGCCCGGGGGCGGAGUUGAGGAUAUACCCUCGGGAUGGACGCGUCAGAAACCCUGUUCCCAGCAAGCUGAAGAAUGUGAACGACAAUAUGAAAGGGAAUUUUGGUGUAAUGCACAUGGAUGUAGCAAGUCACCGCGCGAGUGAAGGAAGAGAUGCUGCCGCCAAGCGCACCAGCGAAGGUACACUCUUGCAGGCCAAAUUGGCUCAAACUGACGGUUACGUAUCACACCAACGAAGGGCGAAUUAUCCACGUCCACCUGGCCUAAAGCAAUUCACAUCCCCCAAAAGAUCUGUCGAACCUGUGCUUGAGCCUGGCCCGCCGCAACCCUUGACGGUUGCGGAGACCAAAGCUGAACAAGCGCGCCUAUUAACACUUCUGCGGACAUUGCCUCAUUAUACUGUAGUCGAUCAGAUUUGCAGGGGUCUCGCUUUCUUUGGUGGAGUACCCGAUGCCCCGCCUCCGGCGGACGGUAAAUUUCCAGAAAGUGCCCUAGCCAACGGCUCGGGUUCUCUUUUUGUAGGCUGGAUAGCCGAGAUAUUUCCUGACUUAGAAAACCCUCGCCCUAAAUAUGUCGAGGACGCAGCAGCUCAGAGUUCUAGCCAGAAACGGCGAAGAGGAAGACCCAAGGGUAGCAAGGCCCGCAAGACUCGGAGUGAUAAGGGCAUCAAGAAAGGUCCUCAGAAAGCUAACAAAGGAGGGGAAGAUCAGGCACAGGGUCCUCAAGAUGACAGUUGGGUGGAUGUAGAGGAUAGUGUCUUGGAGCUAAACGAUGAUGGAGAUUUGGUCGAAGCCAUGACAGCUUUGAGGAAUGCUCCAAGCACCCCAACAACAGGAUCGAACGGUGGUGGAGCGACAACGGCGACGGCUGCAAAAGGUUCCGCCGCCGGUUUUCGUUCCAUUAACGACAACGGCCUCACUCCUGGCUCUAGUGCCAAAAAGCGUGGACGACCUAAAGGAUCUAAGAAUAGACCAAAGGAUAAAUCAGUAUUGCAGUCGAUUCCACCGCCGAAAGUGACACCAGUCCCUGUGCCAGUUCCCAUGCUGGACGCUCAUCCCAAAACUAAAACCAGUUCAGCCAAGUCAAAGUCGACUAAGAAUCGGCUUAAACCUGCUGCCGAUGUUCUGAGUGACACUGCAAUUGCUCACGCCACUCAACAGCACACAGAGCCCAGUAUUACGGAAACGGGCUCUUCGACCCAGGCACGAACAUCCGCACCAGAUUUCGCAGAUAGGUCCACUGCUCCUACGGUUAAUGGGUCUAACACGCAUACUGAAGAAGGCCACCAAUCUGUUCAACCCACAAAGCCUCCUCUCCCUUCCCCAGCUAGCCAAGUCAAAGCUUCAACUGUAACGGCAAAAAAACGCAAAAGACCAACUGGAAACGGCGCAGGCCAGGCUGAAAGCAUACCUCCGUCGGGGGCGACGUUGUCAAAUUCUCAGCAUACACAGUCAAAUGCUAAUGUAGUAGCAUCAUCUUCCCAACAUCAAGAUCAGGCAAGUCAGCACGUACGCCAAGCCACCCCUAGUAGUGUUGGCAUCCCCCAAGCCAAACGUGCGCGCAAAUCUCAAGAGUCGUCAUCAACGGCCACGGUCAGGCGGCAGACACCUAAUAACAUGAGCCAGAAGGCGUCUAAUCCACCCGUAUCAACUCAUGCUGAACCAGUACAGCAGCCUAGUUCUGAAGACGGAGCUCAACUCCAACCUCAAGCUGAAGGGCUUGAAGCACAUUAUGCUGCGAUGCAGAGCCAUACUGAUCAAAUUCAGAGCUACAAUAGCCGUCCACAGCACAAGCAACAGCCUCAGUCAACUAGCUCCAUGGGUUCUACAGUAUCGCCAACGCCAGCCACAGCCGCAGUCCCAGCUGCUUCUAGUGGCUUAGAUGCUCAUUAUGACCAUUUUGCUGCAUUACAAAGCUUAUCCGAAAACUCGAGACAAACCAAUACGGCGAGACAAAAGCAGCAACAACAGACCCAGACCGCGUCACCAAUCGCCGCUCAGUCGUCAAAGUUGCCUCAGAUGUCGCCAGCCUUGACCUCUCAGCAACAAUCCAGAACACCUCAGAAUUACUAUUCUCAAGGCCAGGGGUUAGGAUCCUCAUACAAUUCACAGCAGCAAUCGUAUUCAACCACACAGCGUUCGCAACAGCACAUGUCAAACACUUCUUCCAGCAGUGGACUUCAGCAUGUCACGAAUUCUCCCCAGUUCAGUACGCAGUCAAACUCUCCUCUUAUGCAGACAGAUAACAACUACCGUGGAUCGCCGUCAUUGAUGCAUAAUAACACUUCAUUUUCAACGCGGCGGCCGCCCUCGGUGUCUCCUAUGGACAACAGCCCUGCUUACCGGUCUACUAGUGCGACCAAUCAUGGAGUCGCGAAUCACUCGCCACACUUUGGCGCUCGGCAGACAUCAACUACUUCAACGGGCCACAAUACCUCGCAUUCAGGCCUUUCAUCCACCUUCCCUACAUUCUCCGAUUCAAGUUUAUUUGAUAUGACUCUUGAUUCGGGUGGAAGCCAUAGUAAUAUGGGUAUGAGUAAUAGUUCAUAUACGCUCAACAACGGAGCAGUAUCGCAGCAGCAGCGCUCGUCGAGCGCAAAUUCUGCACCCCUAUACUCGUCUUCAGGUAUGAAUAGCACGUAUCUGGGUUCAACCAAUAUGGGUCGUGCAGGCCAGCAAAAUCGGUGGGCCUCGUGAAACAAAACAUAGUUCUAUAAUUACGGAAAUUCGGUUAUUGAGCAAAAUGCGUGGCGUAGGGAAAGCGAGGAACGAUGGGUUUACUUCUAAACUCUUUCGGAUUCAUAACCAUUUCUUCCAUGACAUCCGGCGUUUUCUAUUGUCGUUUCAUUCUAAUCCUCGUUUUGGUGGACUUUCAAAGACAUGGUAUGAAUGUGGAAAAGAGAAUGCGCAAAAAGCGCACGGU